AUGUGGGAAGGAAUUUCACUAAAAACAAUGACCGAUGCCGCGAAAGAAGAACGAGAGUUUGCCUUACUGCAAGGUCGUAUAGAUGAAAAUGGUGUUCCUAUUAUUGACGUAAUUGUCGACGGUUGUUGGAGUAAACGCAGCUAUAGAAAAAAUUACUCCGCGUUAUUAGGAGCAGCAGUCAUUAUUGGAAAAAAAACAGAGAAGAUUCUGUUAAUCGAAGACGCUGUACAAGAGAAAAAAGAAAACGACAAAGAGAAGGAAAUAGAACUAAGGAAAGAAAAAGAGGUUAAAGAGAAAAAUGAAGACAACGAGAACGAAGAAGAAAAAAAGAAGAUUUUGUCGGGCUAUCGAAAUUUCUGA